CUAUGUUCUUGGUGCUCGGUGGUCCAAAAACAUAAACACGCUCCUAGCCAACAGUUGCUGGCAUCGUCUCUUGGAGUUCACUCUCUUAUCAUAAGUGCGCGUCCUCUUUCUCUAAAAGUGACGAAUUUCACCCCCUUUAUUUAUUUAUUUGUGAUAUUCCUGCAUUCAGGACAGAGUGUCACCUUUUUAUCUCUAUUUUGUUUUGUUGAACUGAUCCUUAAGGACUUGGUGUGCUCCAUUUCUGAGUGACUUAGUGCUUGGAAUUUGGUAAAAUUAACUAAAUUGAAUUGAGAGGUUGCUGUUGAAUACCAGCCACCUCUAGAGGAUACAUGAGUGAGAGAAGAUCCUUUUAAAAUACAUGAUAUAUCUUCUGUGACUGUGGUGUCUACCAUCUGAAUUAUUAACAGAUACUCAAAAAAAAAAACUCCGAGUAUCUAAAGGGAAAUCCUAAUUAGUGGUGUUGUUGGUGGUUCUAUUUCGAGGGGGUUUAUAGAGAAAGCUAAAUUCUGUUCAAGAGAUAAAUGUGAGUGAAAAAAAGUGGACUAACCUUGAGGCAUUAAAAUGGAUACACUUUCCUGUCGUUCUGGAUGAAUAGACACAAUCCAUUCGUCAAUUUACAGAUUGUUGGGGAUGGAAGAACAGCUGUUUGACAUCACUUGAGGGGGCUGCUGGACGCCGUCUGAAGCUUCUGGGGAACAGCAGAUCGACAUGCUCCCCCUGAGCCUAGGCGUUCCCCUUGCUAUUGUCUCAGUAAUUGGUCUCCUCAUGAAUGGAUACAUUUUGCUCGUCGUCAUUCUCACAAAACAGAUCUCAGCCAACAAUCUGCUUCUGCUGCAUCUGGGUCUUGUGGAUUCGCUGCUGUGCUUCCUGUUCCUGCUCUUCUCACUGCCCAGCAUCGCACGCCCCGGCUCCUGGCUCAUCACCGAAGAGACACCUUGCAAUCUGCAUGGUCUCCUGCUGAUCCUACUCCAUCCCGUGGCCCUGUGGACUGUUUGUGGUCUCAACUGUGAUCGGUUCUACGCCAUCGCAGCUCCCCUGCACUACGGUACCCUCGUCAAUACGCGAAAGGUGAUUCUGGGACUAGGCUGCGGCUGGCUCGUGGCCAUCCUCCUCUGCAUUCCACCCUUCGUUAGUGUCGCCCCAUUCCGCUACAGUCCCGAUCUGGGAGCCUGUACGCCCGACUUUGAACUCAGUGGAUCCCUAUGGUAUGCUCUGGCCUACACCCUCAUCACCUUCAUCCUGCCAGGUGUUCUCAUUGUAGGCUGUAAUAUCAAGGUUCUUAUGAUCGCCCGGUAUCAUCGACACAGAAUCGCCUCAGCUAUCUAUGAGGUGACUCUAUCAGCUCAGGUGACGAUCACCCACCAAAGGAACCCCUUCUUUGUCCCCACAGUCACUGCCCCGAGUGCUGGAGGGCCUAAAUUCCGUUCUCGGAGUCCCGUGUCCAGUGUCCUGCAACUCGUGGGCUCCUUCUUCAUCCUCUAUGUGCCGUACUACGUAGUGAUCCUGUGGCAGGGAGUCACAAGUAUCAUGUAUGAGAACCACAAUGGCGAAGAUGUCCGGGUGAAUCGUCAUCUGGUCCUUACAGCGGCGGUCCUGCUCACAUGCUCUUCUCCUGUCAAUGGACUGCUGUAUGGGUUGAAGAGCAAAGUGAUGCGAAAGACAUUCCAGAACUACUGGCGAAAGCAAAUGUCCAAGAACCAAAUGAACCACGAGAUUCAGGCACGAACGCCUUCAACUUGUGGCUCACGAAGACCAUCCCUAACUCCUCUGGGCUUCCUAACAAGACCUGCUCUCCAGAGGCGUCUGUCAGAGACGCUGAUAAAUCUGGACAGAGGUGCAGAUGGCACAGGGAAGCCACAAAUGAAGAGGAUAGCAUCGGAAUUGGCAUGGAGACCAAUCAAUUUCAACGGUGAACUAGACAGCCCGACAGCGCCGCAUAGAGACUCCAUCCCACACACGUCCAGUUGCAAUACCCUCCAAGUGCCGAAAGUGGACAAUGAAGUGGCCACAGUUGCGGAUCAGGAACUAUAUCUGAGUCUCAAGAAUUCCUUCAGAGGCUCCACAAAGAGUGGCCCAAAUCCCCGUGCCCACAAUUCCUUCGUGUCCUCAGCCAAACCCGUGCUGAGUACAGCGAAUCUCCUGCUGCACAAGGUGCUACGCAUCGAGCAUGGCCAAUCCAAUGGGGAUUCAUAUCACAACAUGAAGAAACUCCCAGCACAAAUAUCCCCACCUCGGCGUUCCCCUCGAAUCCUCAUCACACGCGCCUUUUCGGAAGAGAGCGACAAGACACCAUCGGGUCCGGGUUCCCCAGCCAAAGAGAAACUCCAUCGGCAGUACUCAAGUUCCUGCACUCUGCUUGAACGAAAGUGGAAGAUGGUGAAGUACCAGGAUGAGGAAACACGUGAAAGUGACAGCGAAACAGAUUCAAGGAAACCGGAUUCAAGUACAGCCAGCAAUUCCACAACAGUCUCAGAGGCUUCCUGCAGACGGUACUCUUCACUGGAGGAGCACACAUCUCUGGGCAGGGAUGCCUUUGGGGAGACUGAACCCGCCGAGGAACAAUUGCUGCUCUCGUGGCCUACGACAAGGAAGAAAUUCGGAGCCAUCAGCAGACAACGAAAAUUCAACGGCAACAGCACCAUUCUCGGACACCGCAGUCUUAGGCCCAAUCCUCUCUACUCCGACCGAUCCGAGGAACCCGAAGUUGUCCUAUAACGCGAUGGGAAAACUAGUGAGAGGAAUGGUUUCCACAAUGAGCACUAAUUUUGGUAGAUUUUUUGAGUUUUUCCCAAAUCUCCAAAUGCGCUUUAUUGCAAAUCAUUCGGUGGAAGAUCUCUAGGAACUAAUUUGAUCAGUCCACCUCUUCUCAUUAGGUUAGGUUAAACCUAACCUUAAAAACAUUACGACACUUUUUAGAGGUUAAAAACAUUUACAUAAAUUUUACAAAUUUUCAAAAAU